AUGGGAUUUCGGGAGCGCUCCGCGGCCCCACCACAGCGGCGCCAGCUGGGCUGGGCUCCAAAAGGGUGCAGGUCUGACCCGGCUCCGCAGCCUGCUCCCGGCGCUCCCGAAGGAGGAGCUCCCGAAGGAGGCGCUCCCGAGGGGGCAGCCCCCGGCGGGGGUCCCCCCGGGGCUCCCCCCAACCUGACCAGCAAUCGCCGCCUGCAGCAGACGCAGGCACAAGUGCAGGAGGUGGUUGAUAUAAUGUGUGUAAACGUAGACAAGGUGCUGCAGCGAGACGAGAAGCUGUCAGAGCUGGAUGACCGGGCAGAUGCGCUGCAGGCCGGCGCCUCAGUCUUUGAAAGCAGCGCAGCCAAACUCAAAAGGAAGUACUGGUGGAAGAACUGCAAGAUGAUGAUCAUGAUGGGAGUGAUUGGUGCCCUUGUGGUGGUGGUGAUUGCAAAAAACAAUUCUCCAUUGGUGUUGGAAUAUAAGUUCAGGACACAAAUGAAGACCUCCAAGAGUAGGAUGCUGUUCACAAUAUAUCUUGUAGCAUGACUGGAAUAAAGGUAAGUGCCCCUUUGUUUUGCUUCACUGUACGUUUGAAACUCAUUAAAAGGAAAUGACAGAGCUUUGUCCAGUGCAGACUUCUUUUAAAAUUAGGUAUU